GAGGAGGAGCAGAGGCGUGAGCAACAGAAGCAAUUGGAGCGGCUGCACAAAGACAUGGGCUCUAUUGCCCUGGACCCCGGACAGCAGGCAGCAGGCUCAGCGGAUGCUGCAAUGGGACCCUCUGACCUGAUUUUUACCCGGGGUAAUGUGGACGAGGAUGAUGAAGAGGCAGAGGAUAGCGACACAGAUGAUAUUGACCAUGAAGUGGCAGAAGAGAGAUUAGAGGAACCGGCUUUCGCAAACUUCUUACAACAAACGCAGAACAAAUACCGAGAGAAGAUGGGACAGUGAGGUCCAGCCUGUCUCCAUGUGAGAUAGAGGAGUCUGUGCACAAUGUGAAGAAAGUGCGACAGGAACUGAUGAACAACUUUAAUAGGACAGUAUACUGACAGUGCUGGCUGUACUCAGUGCCUCUGUAUCCAGGUUGCUGCAGCUGUUUACGUCAAGCACACGUCUGGUGAUAUAUACAGCAAUGCUCUGUUCUCCUGCUGGGCCAGUGUUAAAAGAUCACGUCUGCUUACUGUAGGGAUGGGCGUUUUAUGGCAGCUAUGGCUUUGUACACCCGCUCCUGUCUGCAGCAGCUGUCAUAUACGCCUGUGCUUCCCAAAGCAAUGCCUCUACCAGAGCGAUCUGCAGCAAUCGUCAGGCUAUAAGCGCCCCCGCUGCAGGGAGGGGUGCCGACCAUUACAUGGCACUUAUUGCCCAUCACGUGCAGACUGUGACUCUUACCAGCAAACUAACUAAACACUGUGUAGAGAAUGUGUUGUCCCUGCAAGUGAUUGUUGUUUUCAUUGUUACUCACAGCAGCUGGCAGACAAGCUCUAGUACAUCUCUGUGACCGUCCUCCCAUGCGACAGUUCUCACGAUUUCCUGUAAGGUGGGGGCACUAGAGGCGCAUGCGCUGUUUUUUUAUGUUAAUCACAGAUGUUUUGAAACGAGUUGCAAUAAAAUAUUUAGUUUUACUACG